AUGACAAUUUAUGAGGAAAAGCUUGUAAUCGAAGAUAUCUCGAGCGAUAUAUUCAGUUUACUCAUUGAAUAUAUUUAUAAAGCAGCCGUCAAUUUAAAUCCAAUUACGGCAUUAUAUCUAUAUUGUGCUGCCGAAAAAUAUCCAGUUUCUGGAUUAAUGGAAUAUUGCUUACAAUCUUUAAGUAAUGAAAAUUCUGUGGAAGAUUUGUUAAAGGCCUACGUCGAAUAUGAAAGUGUUAAAAGUUCUCUAUCAUCGAAACUAGAAGAUAGAUUUGAGAAGGCUUUAGUUGAUCAAUUGAGCUCAAAAUUUAGACUUGUUACCAAAAGCGAAUCGUUUCAGAAACUUGAUAAGGAUUUGUUAGUAUCUUUGGUUCGAAAAAUUGCUAAUCAAAUAAUUAUUACGUAA